AUGUUCAGUUUAACAAAUGUAAAGGUUAAAAAAUCGAAUGUUAUAAAAUCAACUGUAAAAUGUAGAUGUGCAAAUUCUAACAAGAAAAUCAAAACAAUUGUCACAAUUUCUGAUUUUGAUGAUAAUUGUGAUGAUAAUAACAAUAAAGAAAAUUUAAACUUAAAUUUCAAUGAACUUGAAUAUCAAGAAAGAGAACUAGUUUUAAAAAAAUGUGAACUUUUAUUAAGAGAACGUGAAGCAAAAGUUCAUGUAAUGGAACUGUCUAACUUUGAGAAGGAGCAGAAGUUAAAGUUACAUGUUACAAGUAUUGUUAAUACGAUGAAAGUUAUAAAAUAUGAGGAUGUUGACAAGGCGAUUCAUUGUGAAAAUAUAUUUAAUAUAUUUGGUAAUGAAUUCGUAUUAUCAGAAAUCUUACAAGAAAAAAAUCCACAAUUCAAAGUUGUUGAAGGUUCAGAGAACAAAAAGGAGUUGCGUAAAAAAUGUGAAGUGAUGGAGGUUAUUUUUGAAUUAUUGAGGAUGUUAAGACAAGGAUAUAAAAAAGAAUAA